AUGGAUGCAAUUCAACCAACUUUUGAUCCCGCAAGAGAUUAUCCAAAAUGGACAGCCAAUUGUUCAACGUGCAAAGCCAUUUGGUACCAAUUUGCACACCCUGAUUCCGCACCAGAAGUCAGUCUUGGAUUCUACGAAGAAGCCCUUUCGACUACCUGCCCCAAUCAUAAAAUCCUUGUGCAAAAAUUCAUUGCCUAUAUCCGAUCUAAAGGCAUCGAUGAAGAGCGUUACAACAUUGGUGAUCUUGGACUCUACAAACGGGGCGGGUUCCAUAGGGAGGUAUCACUUCUUGCCUCUAUAUCGAAAUCUGGCCAAGGGUGGAAGUUGCUGUUGUUGAACAAACCCGACGUUCCCAAACACCCCGGUAACGGACGCAUACUGGACCCUCACUGGGCUGAUGUCGAAGCUGUUAAAGGAUGGAAGCACAAGUGCCUUUCUUUUCACGGUGCAAAAUGUCAAAAUCUUCUCAAAGUUUCGCCUGCUCGACCAGCUUGGUUAGUGGAUGUGCAGAAUCAAUGCAUCGUCUCUGGUGAUGAAUGCAGCAGCUAUAUGGCACUAAGUUACACUUACGGUAGCCAUACUCACCCAGAGAUUACAUCGGAGGACUUUGCGAUGUUACAAGAACCCUUUGCCCUGGCAAACACAACUUUCUCAGCUUAUAUCUCGCCAAUCAUUCGUCACGCUAUGUAUCUGACUUCAACAAUCGAUGAGCGAUACUUGUGGGCUGAUGCACUCUGUGUUACUCACCACGACCCGGAGGCUGCGUCUGAACAGCUGGCAACAAUGGGAACCAUCUAUACAAAUGCUGUUGUAACUAUUAUCGCCGUAGAUGGUGAUUCCCAGUCUGGUAUACCUGGGCUCAAGGGUUGGACAUUUCAAGAAUAUUCGUUUUCGAGCAGAAAGAUCGUAUUGCUCGAUCACGAGCUGCACUGGAUGUGUGCAUGCACUACCUGGCAUGAGGAGGUCACCCUGUAUACUGAAAUCGAUCAUAUUUUCAGAUAUCAAUUCGACCUCCUGACGGCUGGGUUCCCAGCUGACUUUUGUCUCACGCAAUAUGCAAUGGAUUACAACCAAAGAUUCUUAACCUUCCAAGAGGAUGCACUGCCCGCCAUUUCAGGUCUACUAUCAGUUCUGAGUCGAUCUUUCGAGGGAGGGUUUCUGUAUGGAAUACCAGAAAUGUUCUUUGAGCAUAGCCUGGGCUGGUGGGGCAUGGAUAUGCAGCGUCGGGUUUCCUCAGACAGGCCUACUGAGAAACAAUUCGCAUUCUCUAGUUUGCCUUCGUGGUCUUGGAUAGGCUGGCAAGGUUAUGUCUUUUAUCGCGAACAGACGGCGAUUCGGGUAUGGUCCAACCCCAUUGAAGAAGCAUUUCCUAUCACGGAAUGGUACACCAGUAACUCCCCGUCAGACCCCCCGGAUCUACGACGAAGAAUCAGAUCGACUUGGUAUGAAAAAAGAGAUGGUUUCAAAGAUUUCGCCAAGCCUAUGCCUCCUGGGUGGUCGCGUCGAGAAACAUCAUCUCCCCGUGCCCAUCCUGAUGGAUGUGAAAAAUAUGUCUUCCAACAUGAAUCUUUUCAAAAAUGGUUGGGCAAACCGCUGGAGUGGUAUUACCCGUUUCCCAUUCACGAGAUAAAUGCAUCAACACCUCCAUCCAUGCCAGAUCAGACGCAAUAUUUAUUCUGUGAGACGUUUCAAACCACACUGCCAUGCUAUCGGGGCGAUAGUCCAAACUUAAUUCUUAGAGCUAACAUCUGUGGUCAGUCUGGGGAGAUGAUUGGUAGAUUGGGCUUGGUAAACAAAGACUCGUGGAUGCGAUUUCCAGAGGAAGGGGAUGGAACAGAGGCCGGUUUACAGGUAGAUCUGGUGGCGAUAUGUAAACUGAAAAGGUACACCAAACCCAAAGAAAACUUUGUUGCAGUUGAUUUACCACAAACUACGGAAGACUUGUACUCCGUACUUUGGAUAGAGUGGAAGGACGGCAUUGCAUACCGACUUGCAAGCGGAGAGGUCAUAGCUGAGGAAUGGGAGAAGUUGGACCUGAAGAAGAUUUCGCUUAUUCUUGGGUAA